UGUUUUCACUAUAUGUUCCAGAUAAUGCUUUUUUUGAGGUGGUGGUGAGAUAACAUUAUACAUCCGCAUGUGAUUACGAAAUUGUGUUGUGCUUCGUUGGUCAGGUAAAACACACUCCAAGCCUAAUGAUCCUCGAAUAAUUCGUUAAGCUCAGUAGUAAUGUUUCAUGGGAUAUUACAGGACAAAAUCUGCAUGCACCACGUCAUUGAGUAUGCAAACUUGUGCUUAUGAAGGAGGACAACAGAAUCUUUUCAGCCUGUGAUGCUUCUCAGACCACCUGAGAGCCACCUGAUCAGGAAAUUAAAGCUGGAUUUCCUGCAGGUAAAGCAUCUGAAGAGAAAGAGAAAGAGCAACUACAGCGUGAGGGAAACACAGACUCUCAUCAGGGAGAUCCAUAAGAGGAAAGACGUGUUGUUUUCCAGACAGCAGAACACAGCAGUUAAUGAGCUGAAGAGGCAGGCAUGGGAGGAAGUGGCACAAAGUGUGAAUGCGCUGGGGGAGGGAGAGUUGCGCACUGCCGCUGAGGUGAAGCGUCGUUACUUGGACUGGCGAGCCCUGACGAAGAAAAAGCAGAUAAAGGCUGAGCUUGCCCUGUCUUCUUCAUCCUCCUCUAUGGCCAUGAAGAUGGAGUAUGAUCAGUCCUCCCCUGAGCAUGAGGCAGCCUCUCUGGAGUCUGGGUGUGACCAGCUGCUUGACCUCUCAGGCUUCCCAAAGGACUGUCAGUGUGACUGGCCGGAGCUAGCAGCUCUCAGCGAGCCGAGCAGUCACUCAGCGAUGGCACAUCAGAGUGUGAAGAUGGAGGAUGACAUUAGUGAAUACAGAAUGGAUGGUGAUGCUGGAGAUGGAGAAGUGGAUGAGGAUGAUAUUCCCUCUAUCCUCAGUGAAAUUGAGUCACGUGGAGAGGGGCAUGCUGGUGACAUUUACCCCCACAAUGACCUGGGCAUGCUUAGCUCCUCCAAGGAUCCAACCUCUACGACCAACAGAGAUCUACUGCUGGCUGGUGGCUUGAUGGGAAUCCCGGCUCAUGGUCUGGGUGGAUUUAGUGAUCAUGAGAACGUAGGAGCUGGAUUUCUUGUUGCAGUUGAGAAACAGCGAUUGGAGCUGGAAAAGCAGCGGCUUGCUGUGGAGACCGAACGCCUGGCUGUGGAGAAAGAGCGGCUGGCGGUGGAGAAGGAGCGACUUCACCAGAUGGAAGUGGAGAGAGAACGACUGCACCUGGAGAGGGAGCGGUUACAGGUGGAGAGAGAAAGGCUGAGGAUCCUGCUGGUCAGCCAACAAGAGCAUGCUGACUCCUCUUUUAACCUGCCACCACAACAAGGCCCACCAUCAUCUUCCACUUCGUUACCCUCGAAUCACAAUGGACAGGGGGAAAAGAGAGGCAGAAGCUGGAUGCCGCUGGUGGAUCUGGAGACCGAAAAGAUGAAUCUGGAGAAGGAGAGACUGCAGCUGGAGAAGGAGAGGCUGCAGUUCUUUAAAUUUGAAGCUGGCAGACUGCAGAUUGAAAGAGAGCGUCUGCAAGUGGAGAAAGAGAGAAUGCAGCUACACAAAGACCAUCAUUCAGUAAAAGCCUGAUAAAAAAAAUCACAAUACACUUCAUCAGCAGCAAAUAUAUCCUCUUAAGCGUCCUUAAAGAUGGUGUGACACACCUAAAUGAUCAUUCUAGAUCGAACUUAGGCCAAGGAGAAGCUUUACAUUGAGCACAGGCAUGGUUAUGACCAUCACGAUGAAGUAGUGCCUUUUGAUGUCUACAUAGAAUGAAUUACAGGACAAAAAUGAUGGCACGCUGUUAAAAAUGUAGGAUUUGAUUUGGACACCCAGCUGUAAACAUAUUUGAUUCAGUAUGUGCAGCAACUUUUAACAGUCAGUCUGUCCCCUACCCAAACAAACCACUACACAAAGUGUUAAUGGUUGAAUGCUGCAGUGGAAAUAUAAUGAAUCCUUACCGGUGUAGAGAAGUUUUUAUAUGAAACAAUAAAUAAUUAGGCAUUAAAUAAGUGCUGUUUUAUGUAUCUGGAGCAUGGGUGCUUGCUUAUGUAAUUUAGCAUUUAACACUGAAAGAAAAAAAAAAACUUUUCUUGUACAGAUUUCAUGCUGUUUACAUUUUUAGGUGUUUGUAUUCAAACAUCAUUUUAUGAUUAUAGUUGUGACUAUAUCUUUUGUUCAUAUUUUUUGAAGACUUCUAGGCUUCUCAUUGGGAAAAGAACUGAAGUUACUAAUAACAAGUACAAUAAAGCUAUGGCAGCUAAAUGUGAAUCACCUGUCACCCUUUUUCUAAUUUAAAUUGCCUUUUUCCCACUUUAUAUGGACUAUUCAUUUAUUUAAGUGUUGAACGUGUAAUGUGCAUGUUGGAAAAUAACAAUUUUUUAAAGUUAAGUUUUACUGGUUAUAUAAAAACUGUCAUCUGCUACUUUACUGAAGUUUAAGUCAUCCAGUAUGAUUAAAUGCACUGCACAAUAUAUUUUAUAUAAUCAUUACAAAUUUAUGUGUAAAAUAAAUGUCACUUUCACAUUUACAUUUGUUUAAUGUA